AGAAACUCUGUCCAAUCACUUUACUGACUAUGUGGAAGUCGAUUGCAACGUCCUCAUACAAAACUGAAGUUAAAGUUGUGGCGUGGAUAGACCCUGCGGCGAAGCCGAAAACUUUUUGUGCGUGACGUGGAAAAGUUCGUGGAGCUCUUCGAGGCAGGCGUAGGGUCUCGUGGCGGAUGGACGUGACCGAACCGGUACGGCGCGGUACGGUAUGGCAAAUAUGCACUUUAACGUUGUACCUUCGUGCUUCGCCACGGGUGUCAGACCCUGCUGCAUUUAUGACUGACAGUACUGGCUACCGCUGCUGCUUCGUGUAAUAUUUCUAGCAUGCCACGCAGGCAGAUAACUUCUCCAAAGGUCAGAAAAGUGUGCCUUAGAAGUGGCACUUUCAGUAUGCCUCUUUGAGGUGUUUGUUUUGUUUUGUUUUUAUAUUUCUAGAAGAAUUUUUUUUUUAAUAUAUAUAUUUAAGAUUGAAAAUGAUGAGGCUUAGAAGAUACUUGAGGGACAGUGGGAGGGUACUCGCUUUUGUGUUCGUUGCUUCUGUCAUUUGGCUGCUGUUUGACAUGGCUGCUCUCCGCUUGUCACUAAACGAAGUGAAUAGUCAGCUGCUGAAAGAGCGUGUGAUAAAAGAAAAGGAGAUAUUCAAGCAGCAGUUCGGGGCCACGCAGCAUAUGAAAAGGGGGUUUAAACACCCGGUGCAGAGGGUAGACUGGGCUGUUACACAGGCGAGGAAAGGAACAGGCACUUCAGGUGUCAAACUUGCCCAGGUGUACAGACACGAAGGCAAGGAACAGGAUAAAAAGUGGAACUUUAUUAAAAAGCAAGGAGAUGAUGUUCCGAAACGUGACGAUGGAGCUGCCCUGUACAAUUUCACGCCAAAACAGGGUGUUCCGGGGAAGAAAAAAAAAGUAAAUUUUGAUCUAAAUGUAGCUGUGGUAAAUAUAACCCAUAAAAACAAACUUGCCUACAAGGGGGAGCCUGUUAAAGUUGCACAAAGUCUUCUGCACAGGAAGGAUUCAAAGGCAAAUAAAGCAGUUAAGAACCAGCUUCAGGAAGAGGAGGCACACCUUGUUAAAACAACAGCUGAACAACCUGCCAACACAGAUAAGGAGAAACAAGAUGUAAAAGACAGGGAACAGGUCUUGGUGACUGUGACGAGUACCCUCCAUGCAGAAAAGGAACCCGUGAAGCCUUCAGUCAGUCUCCCAGUAGGAGGCCACGCUAAGGAUAACUCCACUGCUGUCAGAAAACCAGGUGUCCACAAAGUCCUUUCUCUGGAUAUGACUGCCAGGCCUAGAGAUGCUAAUGCAGUGGGCCAGUUUGGUCAGGCGGCUCUCGCUGGCUGGAAGGAGGAUGCAGAGGUGAGGAAGAGAUGGGAUGAAGGCUAUUUUAACGUCUACCUCAGUGAAAAGAUCCCAUUGGACCGUGCCAUUCCAGACACCAGGCCUGAUAUGUGCGCGCAGAAUCUGGUCCAUGAUGGCUUACCCUCCACCAGCGUGAUCUUCUGUUUUGUGGAUGAAGUGUGGUCGACGCUCCUCCGCUCCGUGCACAGUGUGCUCAAUAGGUCUCCACCGCACCUCCUCAAAGAGAUUAUUCUCGUGGAUGAUUUCAGCACUAAAGACUACCUUAAGAAGCAGCUGGAUGAUUACAUGGCCCAGUUUCCCAAAGUGCGAAUCAUUCGUCUCAAGGAGCGUCAGGGCUUGAUCAGGGCCAGGCUAGCUGGAGCUGCUGUUGCCAAAGGUGAGGUUCUUACCUUCCUCGACUCCCAUGUUGAAUGUAAUGUGGGCUGGCUGGAGCCUCUCUUAGAGAGAAUCUAUCUGGAUCGCAAGAAAGUACCCUGUCCAGUUAUUGAAGUCAUCAGUGAUAAGGACAUGAGUUAUAUGAUGGUUGACAACUUCCAAAGAGGUAUUUUCAAAUGGCCUUUGGUGUUUGGCUGGAGUGCAGUACCACCAGCAGAUAUCAAGAAAAAUAAUAUGACCAUCUCUGAUCCAAUCAGAUGCCCAGUUAUGGCCGGGGGCCUUUUCUCCAUAGACAAAAAAUACUUCUUUGAACUUGGUACCUAUGAUCCUGGUCUGGAUGUGUGGGGUGGAGAGAACAUGGAGAUUUCAUUUAAGAUCUGGAUGUGUGGCGGAGAAAUCGAGAUUAUCCCCUGCUCUCGAGUAGGACACAUUUUCCGCGGACAGAAUCCUUAUAAAUUCCCCAAAGACCGGCAGAAGACAGUGGAGCGUAACCUGGCAAGGGUGGCUGAAGUCUGGCUGGAUGAGUACAAGGACCUUUUCUAUGGCCAUGGCUACCACCACCUGCAGGAUAAAAAGGUCAUAGAUAUUGGCAACCUAACAGAGCAGAUCGAGCUAAGGAAGAACCUCAAAUGCAAGAGCUUCAAGUGGUACCUGGAGAAUGUUUAUCCAGACAUGGUUGCUCCUUUAGUGAAAGCUGAAGGCCUGGUCUUCAAUCGUGGCUUAAGAAAAUGCCUUGCUCUGCAUAACGGCUCUUUGUCCUUUGAGACGUGUGAUCUCAGCAAGCAGGCUCAGCACUUUAAUUACACCUGGAUGAGGCACAUUCGGCAGCAGAACCUGUGUGUUGCUCCCCGAGGCAGCAGUGGUUUUGCUUUAUUGUCCUGUGACAACACAAAGCCUGAACUACGCUGGUUCCACAAAUCAUCCAACUCUGCUCUAGUGGAGCACCUCAUAGCAGAGUUUGUUUCUCACCAUAUGUGUCUGGAAGCAGAAUCUAGGAGUGACACUCUUCGUCUCAACCCAUGUGAACCCAGCAAUACCUUCCAGAAGUGGGAGUUCACACACUACCUCGCGUAGUGAAGAGACUACAAUGAGUUGUAUGUGAUUAAAAAUGCACUACAAAAAAAAAAAAAACCCUUCAGUGGCAUUCACACUACAGUACAGUGUGUGGUCCAGCCUCAAAUCAUGACUUUCCAGGGGACAAAAGAAAUGCUCUGGGGGCAUUAAUGUGUGUAAUUUUAAAGUGAAUGGUGUGGGAUUGUGUGCUAGAGGACUGGGACUUUGUCAUUAGAGAAAAAUAUCCUCUGCACUGGCAUUUUGGGAAAAGUGAGAACUGGUAUUCAGAUGGAUGUCUUCAGUUUAACACUUCAGUUCUUUAGUAAAACAUUUACAGAAAUGAAAGGUUACAGUGCCUUAUAGACUUUUUUUUUCCUGCUGGGACUAAACAAUGAGUUAAAUUGCAUGAAGCUGUUUGUAUAAAACAUAUCAGAGAUUUUUGUUGAAACAUUUGAAGAUGUCAUGCGCUUUGAAUGGUCAUUUGGGGAAAGUGGCUGCUUUUGUGUUUGUUUUUUUAGGUGUAGAUUUUUGCUGUGAAAAACUUUGGAUGAUUUUCCUUUUUUGUCACUAGAGGGAAGUGUUGUUUCAAAACACUUAAUAAACCUGUGCUCUGAUUUCAUGAUUUUGUUACAUAGUAACAAACCUUUAAAAAAAGACACGAAUGAAGA